AUGUCUCGAGCAAGUGAAUUGAUCUUUAAAACAAGAAAAACUUCCGAAAAAAUAUCGGAAAAUGUACACAUAUUCGCAAAUGACCCUUCCCUAGCUUUUUUUCGAGUUCAGGAGCAUGUGCGGAAAGUAUUACCAGCGAUAUAUGAAAAACGGGAAGAAGUGUUCCAGUUGCAGAAAAAUCUUCAGGGACAUUGCUAUGACAUGGAAUAUGGAGUAGAAGCACUACAAACAAUAGAAAAAUCGGAGUCCCUAUUUUCCAAUGUACAAUCAAUUUUAAAAACAUCAAUUUUUUUAAAGCAACAACUUGCAGCGGAAGAGAACAGGAUAAAAAUGAAAAAAGAAAGCAUCAAAUCCUCGGUAUACAAGAGAUUUUCAGCGCACCUUGUAUUAGAUCUUCCCGAAUUGCCUGAUUUUAGUGGUGUAAUGCGGGACACCAGUCAACGAAUUGAAAAUAAAAUAGGUCCUAGUAAUGUACGCGAUGAUACACAAAGUUUUCAAACCAACUUAGCAGAACUUCAAAGGUCGCAUACCACAUUACACUAGCUUUAUACGAAUGAUAAUAUUACACAAUCUAUAACUUUAAAUACAAAUUUAAAUAUUAA